AUGUUCACUCUCUCAGGCUGAGAAUAGCAGAAAAGAAAGUGAAAGUGGGAACUCAGCUGCACCACAGUGUAAAUGAGAACUACAGCACCACCUCAGCUCAGUGCAUAAUGAAAGCAGAAGGAGCAGGAAGCUUUGUGUUGUGUGCUAAAAGAACCGUAUCAUCUGUCUUUUAAAACUUCUCUCCUGAGGACGGACGGAUCACUGCGAGUCGAGGUUGAAGAGGGAAAAUGACUUCAGUUUAUGAAAGCCUUCAGGACGGCCGUGAUUCAGGCAGAGGGAGGGAUUCUUCUUUUCGUCAGAGGUCGAUCACCAUUGUGGGACUAGUUGUGCUUCUGGGAGUUCUAGUAGUCCUGGGAAUCCUGCUGGCCAUCGUCGUCCUGGAGAGACCGCCCCCUCCUGAUGAACACGAUACGCUGCCUCAAGACGACAAAAAGGACGUGGGCUCCACAGAACAGUGCAGCAUGGCCCUGGUGGAGAGCAUUCCUCUUUAUGUGGAACUUGAAAGCAACGCAACACGUGGGAUUUCUGUGGUUGGGGUCUGGAAACAUCUCCUCAGCCUCGCAGCAGAGGAAGUCAACGUGGUCUCUUUUUACUGGACUUUGACUGGAGAAGACAUUCAUGUCAACUCGUCCACGAGUUUACCAGGGAAGGAAGUCCUCAGAGAGCUGGGGGAGCUGCCCUCCAGGAACAUCUCUGUCAGGGUGAUGACCAGCGUCCCCUCUGUCGCACCGAACUCCACAGAUCUGAAGAUUUUAGAAGAAAAAGGAGUUCAGGUCAGGAAGGUGGACUUCGGACGUCUGACACAAGGUGUCCUCCACAGCAAGUUCUGGAUCGUUGACAGGAAACAUCUGCUAAUUGGAAGUGCCAACAUGGACUGGAGAGCUGUCACACAGGUGAAGGAACUUGGUGUCGUCUUCUACAACUGCUCCAGUCUAGCGCAGGAUCUUUACAAGAUCUUUGAGUCCUACUGGGUCAUGGGAGAGUCCAACAGCACCCUGCCCCGGCCCUGGCCUCCACAGUAUGACACAGACAUCAACAAGCAGCGCCCUCUGCUGGUGAAGACUGAAAAUGUCUCCAGCAGUAUCUACCUCUCUGCUGCACCACCCUCAUUCUGCCCUGCCUCCAGAACUCAGGACCUGCAAGCCAUUCUGUCCAUCAUCUCGGAGUCUCAGCACUACGUUGACGUAGCCGUCAUGGAUUAUUUUCCUACUACCAGAUUUGAAAAGCCUCAUAGAUAUUGGCCGUUCAUUGAUGAUGCUCUUCGAGUGGCUGCCUUUGAGAGAAAGGUCAAGGUCCGGAUGUUGGUCAGCUGCGGACGAGACUCUGAUCCGGCCAUGCUGCCUUUUCUUAAAUCACUGGCCUCUAUGGACAGCCCUCGCCAUCACAUCAGCAUUCAAGUCAAAGUGUACAUUAUACCUGUAGGAAACCAGACUGAUAUUCCAUUCACCAGAAUCAACCACAAUAAGUACAUGGUGACGGAUAAGGCGGCCUACAUUGGUACCUCCAACUGGUGUGGCGACUACUUCUUAAACACAGCUGGUGUGGGCGUAGUCAUUUCCCAGCAUGCACCUCCCCCUGUGUGGAAGACCAAGGCUCUGCAGCGACAACUCAGGGAGGUUUUUGACAGAGACUGGUCUUCAGAGUUUGCUGUACAUCUGUCUGACUUGGACAAGCACCCCGACUGUGCACUGUCAACAUGACUUCAGCGUGAACUGAAAAGUCAGAUUGAAAAAAAAAAAAAAUUAAGCCUGUACAACAGUUGUGAUUUAUUUUCUAUCUUAUUUAUAUUUUCUUCAUAUUAGUGUUUUGCAUGGUAAAAAUAUAAUUUUGAUGUAUGUAGAUUUAGGUAAAGCUGUAGUCAUAUUUAACAUCAAGCACAAAAUGACUGAGAGCUCAACAUAACGUUGAGUUAUUUAAUAAAUUAUCAAAAAUGUAAAAAAAAAAAAAA